AUGGAUAUCGAUAAGAGUUCAAUACCAGAGGAGAUUGGUAUGCUUCCAAAAAUGGAAGAACUAUAUCUCCAGUACAAUAACUUAAUGGGCCCCAUUCCUGCAACAAUCUUCAACAUCUCAACAUUACAAAUUAUUGCAUUUACGCAGAAUCAGUUUUCAAGUAAACUUCCAUCAAGUAUAGGUGUUUCGCUACCCAACCUUGAACGACUUCAUCUUGGAGAAAAUGAACUCAGUGGAAUUGUUCUUGAUUCUAUCUCGAAUGCUUCUAAACUAGUUAUAUUAGUUCUUUCCAAUAACAGGUUUAAUGGUUCAAUUCCAAGCUCACUCGGCAACUUAAGACUCCUAGACUAUCUUUACCUAUCAGGAAACAACUUCACUUGUGAAUAUUCUUCCUCUUUUGAAUUGAACUUCCUCACUUCCUUGUCAAGUUGCAGACAAUUAAGAAAAUUGGUGAUCAGUAGCAAUCCUCUAAACGGCAUCCUUCCAGCUUCUGUUGGGAAUCUCUCUGAUUCUCUGGACAAUAUUGAUGCUAGUUAUUGUGGAAUCAGAGGUAGCAUUCCCAGUGAAAUUGCUAACUUAAGCAAUUUAGCUUUCUUAAAUAUAGAUGGCAAUGAGUUGACAGGAUUCAUUCCGAUCACAAUCAAAAAUUUAAGCAAGCUUCAAAUACUCUCUCUUUAUGACAACCGAAUACAAGGAUUCAUACCGAGGUUGGACAUAAUGAUAGGUGUGGCUUGUGCCUUGGAGUAUCUUCACCAUGGUUAUUCAGUGUCUAUGGCUCAUUGUGAUUUGAAACCAAGCAAUGUGUUACUAGAUGAUGAUAUGGUUGCACAUGUGAGUGAUUUUGGCAUUGCAAAGUUGUUAGGUGUGGGGGAGAGCAUUGCACAAACAAGGACAAUAGCAACAUUUGGAUAUAUUGCACCAGAGUAUGGACUAGAAGGAUUAGUCUCGACAAAAUGUGAUGUUUACAGUUAUGGCAUCAUGUUGAUGGAAACAUUUACAAGAACAAAGCCCACUGAUGCAAGAUUCGAUGGAGGUUUGAGUUUGAAGUGUUGGGUAGUUGAUGCAUUGCCUAAUGCAAUAGUUCAAGUUCUAGAUGCCAACUUGCUUACGCAAGACAUUGAACACAACAGUGCAAAGGUGCAAUGUGUGUCAUCUCUUAUGCAAUUGGCUUUGAAAUGCUCUGCUGACUCACCUGAGGAGAGGAUGAUCAUGAAGGAUGUCCUAGUAUCAAUCAAGAAGAUCAGACUUCGGUAUGUUGAAAAUUGUAAAUAA